GUGCUGUUCCCUUGCUGUGGGAGGUUAGCGAUGCGCGGCGCAGUGCAGCGCAGCAAUAGACCCGUCCGUUUUUUCUGCUCAACACGUUCCCGACACAUCUCCCUGGCCUAUCCCCGUCUCUCCUGCUACAGCGUCCUCACACACUGCCUUGAGCUACCUGAGGAAAAGGGCACUCCGCCACAAAUAAAUCUGCGUUAAAAGUGGACGAUUUUCGCGCAGUAUGGUGCGGUAAACAUCGCUGUUUACUUCGCUAACGAGGACGACAACGCUGAGCGAGAUGGUAGACGUAUAGAGGAGCCUCUCUGCCCAUCGGAUCGCACGGUCUCCGCUCUGCCCAGCCUGCUGCAUCGCCGAGCGGCCUGUAAAGCACAACAUGUCGACUAGAACGCCAUUGCCGACUGUGAAUGAACGUGAUACUGAGAAUCACUCGUCGGACGGCUUCGUGGAGCCCCCCGUCCCGCCCACCAAGUCGGCCAGCCGCCACAGCCUGCCGCGAUGCCGAAACUCCCUGACCUCCACCGAGGAGCACCCCCACAUCGGCAACUACCGGCUCCUCAAGACCAUCGGCAAGGGGAACUUCGCCAAGGUCAAGCUCGCGCGGCACGUCCUCACAGGCCGAGAGGUGGCUGUGAAGAUCAUAGACAAGACCCAGCUGAACCCCACUAGUCUACAGAAGCUGUUCAGGGAAGUCCGAAUAAUGAAGAUACUGAAUCAUCCAAACAUCGUGAAGUUGUUUGAAGUGAUUGAGACGGAGAAGACUCUGUACUUGGUGAUGGAGUACGCCAGCGGCGGAGAGGUAUUUGACUACUUGGUGGCCCACGGACGGAUGAAAGAGAAGGAAGCCAGGGCCAAGUUCCGACAGAUUGUGUCUGCAGUGCAGUACUGUCACCAGAGGAGGAUCGUGCACAGGGAUCUGAAGGCAGAGAACCUGCUUCUCGACGCCGACAUGAACAUCAAGAUCGCGGACUUCGGCUUCAGCAACGAGUUCACGCUGGGAAGCAAGCUGGACACCUUCUGCGGCUCCCCCCCCUACGCCGCCCCGGAGCUCUUCCAGGGGAAGAAGUACGACGGGCCCGAGGUGGACGUCUGGAGCCUGGGGGUCAUCCUGUACACGCUGGUCAGCGGCUCGCUGCCCUUCGACGGGCAGAACCUCAAGGAGCUGAGGGAAAGGGUCCUGAGGGGGAAGUAUCGCAUCCCUUUCUACAUGUCCACCGACUGUGAAAACCUGCUGAAGAAACUGCUGGUGCUCAACCCCGUCAAGAGAGGCAGUUUAGAGCAUCCAGUCCACUCUUCUCUGUUUAACCUCAAAACAUCCAGUACAUGUAUACCUCCACCACCACCACCACCGCAAAUCAUGAAAGACCACUGGAUGAACGUGGGCCACGAGGAAGAGGAGCUGAAGCCCUACACGGAGCCCGAGACCGACUUCAACGACGGAGCAAGGAUAGAGCUGAUGAUAACCAUGGGCUUCCCUAAAGAUGAGAUCACAGAGUCUCUGCUGGGCCAGAAGUAUGAUGAUGUCAUGGCCACCUACCUUCUGCUUGGCCGGAAAGCUCCAGAGUUCGAGGGCAGCGAGCCCCUGGCCGCCGGCGUGCUUGGUCAGCGCCAGCGGCCCAACAGCGACAUCAACAACAGCUCCAGCGUCUCGCCCGCCCACCCCAAGGUCACGCGCAGCAUCUCGGCCAAUCAGAAGCAGCGGCGCUACAGCGAUCAUGGUGGGGAUGAGGAAGGUGGAGGUGGUGGUGGUGGAGGUGGUGUUGGUGGUGGGGAUGUCGUAGCCAAGCCAAUGGGUCCGUCCGUGCCCCCGGCGGCGGCCUACUCGAAGCGCGGCCAGGCGCUGAGCGUGGAGAGCGACCACCGGGAGGAGUGGGACGGGGCGCGCCGGCUGGAGCUCAACACCUCCAAGGGUGACGUCCCCGCCUCACCACUAGGGGUGCAGGAGAGGAAGAAGACCACCAGCGCCGUCGGGACAAAUGGCUCGAUGACGAGGAGGAACACGUAUGUGUGUGAGAGAUCCUCCACUGACCGCUACUCUGCCGCCAUCCCCAAUGGCAAGGACAGCAGUCUGACGGAGGUUUCUGGAAGCACCCCAUCGACCGCUCCCAGUUCCACGCGUCCCCGCCACACCAAGUCCAUGUCUGCGUCGGGGCACCCCUCCAAGAGCACCCUGCCCCCCAUAGAGGACAACACCGAGCUCAAGGCCAGCUCCUCACCGCGGGGCCCCUCCAGCUCCCCGUCGGCCCACAGCAUCAGCACCCCGGAGAAGAACCGCUUCCCGCGCGGCACCACCAGCCGCAGCACCUUCCACGGGGCCCAGCUCCGGGACCGCCGCAGCGCCACCUACAACGGGCCCCCGGCCUCGCCCACCCUCUCCCACGACACGGGGGCCCUCGCCCAGCAGCGCAGGGGCACCUCCACCGGCAUCAUCGGCAAGAUCACCUCCAAGUUCGUGCGCAGGGUGCCUAGUGAGGGAGAGGCGAGUGCCAGGAGUGAAACACCGAGAAGUGCGUCGGGGGACAGUAAGGACGAGGCGGGCCGGGACUCCAAGCCGCGCUCGCUGCGCUUCACCUGGAGUAUGAAGACCACGUCCUCCAUGGAGCCCGCCGACAUGAUGCGGGAGAUCCGCAAGGUGCUGGACGCCAACAGCUGCGACUACGAGCAGCGCGAGCGCUUCCUGCUGUUCUGCGUGCACGGCGACGCGCGCCAGGACAACCUGGUGCAGUGGGAGAUGGAGGUGUGCAAGCUGCCCCGCCUCUCGCUCAACGGCGUGCGCUUCAAGCGGAUAUCGGGCACGUCCAUCGCCUUCAAGAACAUCGCCUGCAAAAUCGCCAACGAGCUCAAACUGUGACGUGCGCCUUGACGGGAGGCAAUCCGCCGGGCGGGCGGGCGGGCGGUGGGUCCCCCCCCCCCUCUUCUCACCUCUCUCUCUCGCUCUCUCUCUCUCUCGGUCUCUCUCUCUCUCUCUGUCUCUCUGUCUCUCUGUCUGUGGUGGGGGGGGUCCCGCUCAUUUCAUGAACUAACUUGCAUUGGUGUUGACAAGCAGCGGGCACUGGGGGACCUUACCGCGCACAAUCAGGUUGGACCGGAGCCGGGCCGGCCGGGAGCCGCGGCAGCGCAGGCCGUGAAUGUAACUGACUGUACAGGGUAGCGGGUCAGAGAGAGGCCUGUUGGUGGGUUUCAAGACGAAGAGAAGACAAAAAAAUAACUGACAACUGUACUCCUUGCUUUCUUCCGUCCAUUUCCCUAUCUCUUUUCCCUCCCCACACUCUCUCUCUCUCUCUUUCUCUUUCUCUUUCUCUCUUUCUCUUUCUCUUUCUCUCUCUUUCUUUCUUUAUUUUUUUUUUUUUUCUUUAUUUUUUUUCUCUUUUUCCUUUCUUUAUUUCUCGCUCACUCACAAUCUCAUUCUCUCUCUCGCUAUCAAUCUCUCGCUCUCUCAAUCUCUCUCCCUCUUCAUGCAACACACGCAGUAUGCAACUGAAGACGACCAUUCCCGCAAUAAUGUUUUGCAUCUUUUUUUCUAACAGGCUAACAACGAGAUCUAAUCACCCUGCCCCGUCCCCCUCGCUGAAUAACCAUUUAAAAUGACUGAAAGCUCAACUAAACUAAAUAGCCGCUUUUCCACCCGUGUUAAAUCCGUAUAUAGAUCAGGCUGGGAACCCUUAAUAAAAACUAUGUUAAAAAAAAAAGUUAACAAGGAUUAAGAAAUGUACUGUAUGCGUUACACCUGCAGGUACUGUAUUAUAUAUUGGUUUUGAGUUCUGUACAGGAUUUAUUGUCAAUACUGUGUCUUUAUUUUUCUCUUCUUUGUUUUCUUGACAUUUGAGUUCUGUCCUGCUAUAAUUGAUGUACCUUUUAGAACAUUUUAUCCUUUCUGCUCGGUGAGAUUUUUAAUUUCCUCUUUCUACGGGUCAUCGCGUACGAAAGAAGAAGCAUAGUGUUUUACUUUUUGGUUUAAAACAGCACUAAAUUAUUUUGUGGAGUACUGUGGGACGUGUUCGUUCUCACUCCCUCUUGCCUUUUAUUUUUUUCUCUUAACUGUUCAGUUGCUCCCAUUUUGUCCGCUUAAGGAAAACACAACACUGUCCCGCCAACAUAGAGGCCAGCCCUGAUUUCAGCUCACACUGAACAUGGGUUAACUUUAUCGUUUUUAUUUUCUUCUUCUUCUUUCCUCUCCUCUUCUUGUUUUUCCUCUCGGCAGCCGGUAGGGUGACAUGAAGAAAGCCUGCUGCAGUUGCACAACUUUUCCAGGAGUAAUUCUAUAUUGGACAUGAGAGUGCGCACAUCACUUUUCUUUCAUGUCGGUCGGUAAAUUUCCUUUUUAAAGCAGGAUUUGAAUUAAUAUUCUUCAGAGGCAGAGCGCGAGAGAGAGACCGAGGAGGUCAGCAGGUCCAAAGGCAUGCCGAUGCUAAAUAAUCAAUCAUCAUAAUGGAUUGGGAAAGGAAAGAAGACUCUCUCUCUUUCUCUCACUCGCUCUCUCUUCUAAGAGCCUAAUUCAGUCGCUGCACCAGUGUUCCAAUGCAGCUCCUUUUUAUUUUCAUUUUACUUUCCUUUUGAAAUUCCCCAUGCUUGUUUAAUAUUUUUUUAUUUCUUUUUUUUAAGCAUAUUUGGUUAUAUUUAUUCCAUUACAUUGUAAUGUGCUGCUUUGUAGAGUUUGAGGCGUGCACUUUGUUGCAGAAAAUAAAAAGGAUUUUAUUUGUUUGUAUUCAA